UUUCUUUUAUGGGCUUUUCCUAUUUCUUGUAAAAAUACAUUACAAAAUCCAAAAAAAAUAGCUUAAACUUUUUGGGUAAAAAGGAUUUGGGGUUUUAAGUAUAAAGAUAAAAUCUUUAGCUACACAAACUUUUCUGGGUCAAUUGUUUGUUGUUUCACUCAAUUAAUGCAAAUGUACAUUAGAAGCUCUAUUUUGCUUCAUUUAUCUUGCACUCGCUCAACCUGAAUGUUCUUUUGAGGUUGCAGAGUUGCUUACAGAUCUGUACUACAUUUAUAGAGCUUCAAAUCUUCUUAAGAUAAAGAAGGGACCCAUUGGAGGAGAUGCAUUGUUGAAGCUGAGCUGUGUUUGGUUUGUGGGUUGUGAUUUGUGACCCAGAUUGGUUGAAGCCAUUUCUCGGGUAAUAUAGCUUCAGCCCCUGGAUUGUUUUUUGUAAGGUUUGGAUACUGGUGCUGGUAGUGGGAGCUUAAGAAUCUUUUUCUACUCAAACUUGAAAUUUAGUUAGCCGGGGGUUAGUAUGGAGUUUUUUAGACUUUUAGUGGUGACAUGUGUUCUAGUAUCUGCAAUGGGACAGCUUCCUUCACAGGACAUUUUGACUCUAUUAGAAUUUAAGAAAGGAAUUACUCAUGACCCAACAGGUUAUGUAGUUGAUUCAUGGAAUGAGGAGUCUAUUGACUUCAAUGGAUGUCCUGCAUCGUGGAAUGGGAUUGUUUGCAAUGGUGUUAAGGUUGCUGGGGUUGUCCUUGAUAACCUGGGAUUAUCUGCAAAUGUGGAUUUAAGUGUGUUCUCAAACCUCACAAUGCUUGUCAAGCUCUCAAUGGCGAACAAUUCUAUAUCUGGGAAAAUCCCCAACAACAUAGGUGAUUUCAAAGGUCUUGUAUAUCUGGACAUAUCAGAUAAUCUGUUCUUUUCAUCUAUACCACCUGGGAUUGGUGACUUGGGCAGUUUGCAGAACCUAUCUCUAGCUGGCAAUAAUUUUUCUGGCUCAAUCCCAGAUUCAAUUUCUGGGCUUAGUUCAAUCCAAUCUUUGGACUUCAGUCGCAAUUCCUUAUCGGGGGAAUUGCCGUCAUCGUUGAUAGAGUUAACAAAUUUGGUAUAUCUAAAUUUGUCUCUUAAUGGUUUUGAAAAGAAAAUUCCAAAAGGAUUUGAUGCAAUGGUGAAUCUUAAGGUAUUUGACUUGCAUGGCAACUCUUUAGAUGGUAAUCUUGAUGCAGAAUUCCUGCUUCUUACUACUGCAGUGCAUGUUGAUCUGAGUGGUAAUUUGCUUUCGAGUUCUAGUUCUCAAAAGCAGAAGUUUUUACCUGGUCUUUCAGAUACUAUAGAGUACUUAAAUCUUAGUGGUAACCAGCUUACAGGAUCUCUUCUAAGUGGGGGUGAGCCGCAGGUGUUUGAAAACUUAAGAGUCUUGGAUCUAAGUCACAAUGACUUAUCUGGAGAAUUGCCUGGAUUUAAUUUUGUUUAUGAACUCCAGGUCCUGAAGCUCAGCAACAAUAAAUUUUCUGGGUUCAUUCCCAACGACCUCCUUAAAGGAGAUUCAUCAGUGUUGACUGAAUUGGAUUUGAGUGGCAACAACCUCUCAGGACCAAUAAGCAUGAUUACAGCAACGACUUUGCACACCCUUAACCUCUCCUCAAAUAAACUGUCUGGUGAUCUUCCAUUGUUGACUGGAAAUUGUGCAGUGCUUGAUCUGUCAAAUAAUCUGUUUGAAGGAAAUUUAACCAAACUACUUAAAUGGGGAAACAUUGAAUAUCUUGACCUUAGCGGAAAUCGUUUGACAGGGCCCAUCCCUACGGUUACUGCACAGUUUUUGCGUUUAAAUCACCUCAAUCUCUCACAUAAUUCUUUAAGCAGUUCUCUCCCAAAGGUCAUUACAACUUUCCCGAAACUUACGGUCCUUGAUCUCAGUUAUAACCAAUUAGAUGGUCGUCUUAUACCUACUUUAUUGACAUUUCCUACAUUGCAAGAACUGCAUCUAGAGAACAAUAAACUUUCUGGAAGUGUUGAGUUUCCUGUCUCUUCCUCUGCUGAACCCAGUCUUCAUGUUCUUGACCUAUCUCUUAAUCAACUUAGUGGCUAUUUUCCUGACGGUUUUGGUUCAUUGACUGGACUUCAUGAUCUCAACCUGGCGGGAAAUAAUUUCUCAGGUUCACUACCAACCUCCAUUGGUGACAUCAGCUCCCUUAGCUCUUUAGACAUCUCCCAAAAUCAUUUCACUGGUCCUCUGCCAAAGAACUUCCCUGAUAGUUUAGAACAUUUUAAUGCAUCAUACAAUGACCUCUCUGGAGUUGUCCCAGAAAAUUUGAGAAAAUUUCCAUCUUCAUCCUUCUUCCCUGGAAAUUCUGAUUUACAAUUUCCCAAUCCUCCUCCUGGAUCAACUCCCACUGAAGCUGGACAUCACCACAAGAAACCAAUUAAAAAAAUUGUCAAAGUGUUGGUGAUAAUUGCUUGUGUUAUUGCUGUCAUAUUUUUUAUCCUGCUUGCCGUUUUAAUUCAUUACAUGCGCAUUCGGAAAACCCGUCAGCAAAGUGUUACAAGCAAAGACAUCCACAGGCAGGUCCAACAUAAUCCAUCUGGCAUGGGUGCAAGAGUUGGCGGAGGUGGUCUGGUAGUUUCAGCGGAGGACCUUAUGACAUCACAUAAAGGAUCGUCUUCUGAAAUAAUUAGUCCUGAUGAAAAAAUGGCAGUAAUAACUGGAUUCUCACCCUCUAAGAACAGUCAUUUCUCGUGGUCACCAGAGUCUGGAGACUCAUAUACUGCUGAUCUGUCUAGAUUAGAUGUAAGAUCACCAGAUCGUCUGGGUGGCGAGCUGUAUUUUCUUGAUGAUACAAUUUCUUUCUCACCUGAAGAACUAUCAAGGGCCCCAGCAGAAGUAUUGGGAAGAAGCAGCCAUGGGACUUCUUACAGGGCAACACUGGAUAAUGGGGUCUUUUUGACUGUGAAGUGGUUGAGAGAAGGAGUGGCAAAGCAGCGGAAGGAUUUUGCGAAGGAGGCUAAGAAAUUUUCUAAUAUUAGACAUCCUAACGUGGUUGGCUUGAGAGGUUAUUAUUGGGGGCCUACACAGCAUGAGAAGCUCAUUCUUUCAGAUUAUAUAUCACCAGGAAGUCUUUCAAGUUUUCUUUAUGAUCGUCCGGGAAGAAAAGGCCCCCCACUAACCUGGGCUCAGAGACUCAAAAUUGCAGUUGAUGUUGCACGUGGCCUGAAUUAUCUCCAUUUUGACCGUGCUGUUCCACAUGGAAACCUUAAAGCAACUAAUGUACUCUUAGAUGGUCCAGAUCUCAAUGCACGUGUUGCUGAUUACUGCCUCCACCGCCUCAUGACUCAAGCAGGCACUAUCGAACAAAUUCUUGAUGCUGGGGUUCUUGGUUAUCGUGCACCCGAGUUGGCUGCUUCCAAAAAGCCAUUGCCUUCUUUCAAGUCAGAUGUUUAUGCAUUUGGAGUGAUUUUAAUGGAGCUUUUGACUGGGAAGUGUGCUGGUGAUGUGGUUUCUGGUGAUGGUGGUGGGGUUGAUUUAACAGACUGGGUGCGGCUAAGGGUAACAGAAGGUCGUGGUUCAGAUUGCUUUGAUGCUGCGUUGGCUCCAGAACUGAUAAAUCCAGCUUCAGAAAAAGGGUCAAAGGAAGUUCUUGGCAUAGCUCUGAGAUGCAUACGGUCUGUAUCUGAGAGACCAGGAAUCAAGACCAUAUACGAAGAUCUUUCGUCCAUAUAGACAGUUUAGUUUGUGUUGAACUCAUUUUAUUUAUGCCGGGAAGGAAUCAAUAGUUCAUUGGCUUCCCCUUUGUGGUAAAAUUAGUCUGGUCACUGGUGUUCUAGUCGAAUUAGUUUUUUUUUCAUUACUAGUCAUUUUGUAAAGUUGGGGAAUAUGUUUAUUUAGCUUCCUCCAUUUUGCCGAUAGUCUGUCA